CAGUGAGUUCUCUGCUCAGUCUGGCUCGGUUCGGAUCGUAUCGGAUCGUAUCGUAUCGUAUCGUAUCGUAUCGACUUGCUUUGGUUCGCUUUGCUUCGUUAGCCGGCAGCUGGUUUUUGACUCGAAAGUAGCGCAAAUUACUUAAAAAUACCAGAAGCGAAAAUAUUGGAGCAGCCUCUGGCCUGGCCUCUGCCAGUUUCUGUCGAUCCACACACGAGAACACCUCUAUAGCAAAGCCCACAGCUGUUGCGCGCUUCAUUCCGCCUCUGUUGUUCGCCGCGUGAAAAACAUGAAAUUGAAAAUCAAUUUGACGUUCCUCUGGGCGACAAUCGUCGGCCUCCUGUCCAUCAUUCUAUUGACACAGACCACGCAAAUUGGAGCAUCGAGCGCUGGCGCUGAUGCAACAUGCAAGGAGCUGAACAAUGUCAACUGCUAUGUGGGCCGCAACGAGGGCAACUUCUGCAACAGCAAGGACCAAACCAAGGCUGUCACCCGGUGGUACUACGACAAAGGCAUCUGCCGAUCCUUCACCUACAAAGGCUGCAACGGCAACAGGAAUCGCUUCUGCACCCAGGAGAGCUGCGACGUGCGCUGCGGCGACGAUUGACCAGUAACAUUGUAGUGCCCAUAUCACCUUAGAUGAUAAGUUUGUAUGUUUAGGCUAAGCAUUCAGAGCAAAUAGAGAUCGGAUCGCAUUCGAGCAGCCCUGUGCCAAUGUGCUUAAGUGUUUUACCUUUGAUCAAACUAAAUGCCGACUAAAUGCCGCCCCAAAAAUA